UUAGCUGCCCGGGCGCCGGGAGCCUUGGUAACGCGCGGGCCGCAUGUUACCCGUGCCUGUCUGGAGAGGAGGGAGCUGCCGCCCGGUGUCUGCCCCGCAGUCCCGAGCCCGUAGCCGCCGGGAUGAAGAUCGAGGAGGUGAAGAGCACUUCGAAGACGCAGCGCAUCGCCGCGCACAGCCACGUGAAGGGGCUGGGGCUGGAUGAGAGCGGCGCGGCCAAGCCGGCGGGGGCCGGGCUGGUGGGGCAGGAGAACGCCCGAGAGGCUUGUGGUGUUAUAGUGGAAUUGAUCAAAAGCAAGAAAAUGGCUGGUAGAGCUGUGCUGUUGGCAGGACCUCCUGGAACUGGCAAGACUGCUUUGGCUCUUGCUAUUGCUCAAGAGUUGGGAAGUAAGGUUCCGUUUUGUCCUAUGGUUGGAAGUGAGGUAUACUCCACUGAGAUCAAGAAGACAGAAGUCCUGAUGGAAAAUUUCAGAAGAGCAAUAGGAUUGAGGAUAAAAGAGACCAAGGAGGUUUAUGAAGGUGAAGUCACAGAAUUAACUCCAUGUGAGACUGAGAACCCGAUGGGUGGAUAUGGCAAAACCAUUAGCCAUGUAAUUAUAGGACUCAAAACAGCAAAAGGAACAAAGCAGCUGAAGUUGGACCCCAGCAUCUUUGAAAGUUUACAGAAGGAACGAGUGGAAGCUGGGGAUGUGAUCUACAUUGAAGCAAACAGUGGAGCUGUCAAGAGGCAAGGCAGGUGUGAUACUUAUGCCACAGAAUUUGACCUUGAAGCUGAAGAGUAUGUCCCCUUGGAUGUCACCCUGCAUGACCUGGAUGUGGCCAAUGCUAGACCUCAGGGUGGGCAAGACAUUCUUUCCAUGAUGGGACAAUUGAUGAAGCCUAAAAAAACUGAAAUCACAGACAAGCUUCGAGGGGAGAUAAACAAGGUGGUGAAUAAAUACAUUGAUCAAGGCAUUGCAGAGCUGGUCCCAGGUGUGCUCUUUGUAGAUGAGGUUCACAUGCUGGAUAUUGAAUGUUUCACAUACCUGCAUCGAGCACUAGAAUCUUCUAUUGCUCCCAUCGUCAUCUUUGCUUCCAACCGAGGAAACUGCAUUAUCAGAGGCACAGAGGAUAUAGUGUCCCCUCACGGAAUACCACUGGACCUUCUGGAUAGGGUGAUGAUUAUUCGAACCAUGCUGUAUACGCCUCAGGAAAUGAAACAGAUCAUAAAACUUCGAGCCCAGAUAGAGGGAAUUAAUAUUAGUGAGGAAGCCCUAAACCAUUUAGGAGAAAUUGGUAACAAGACAACCUUAAGGUAUGCUGUGCAGUUACUGACACCAGCUAACCUACUAGCCAAGAUUAAUGGGAAAGACAGCAUUGAGAAGGAGCACAUUGAAGAAAUAAAUGAACUUUUCUAUGAUGCCAAAUCAUCUGCAAAAAUCUUGGCUGAUCAACAAGAAAAGUACAUGAAAUAAAGCAGCUUGUUGCACAUCGUAUGCUUUGGAGUAACUUUUAACUCUUCCAAGGUUUGGCUUAAUUAUUGAGAGAAAUGGGCAAGAGAAAUAUUAAUGGUUAAUCUCCAUUGGGACUGGAAAGUAUUUAAAUGGUAAGAUACUCAAGACAUGAAGCCUAACAGCCCAAUUUUUUCCUAUUUUGCUGGCAAGCAAUAAGAUGCUCCUUGAUGCCUGUAACAUUUUAUUGUCCCUUCUACUGAGUGUAUAUGAAAUGGAUAUUUUUUUUUGCUUGUCCUUUAGAUUUGGUUACAAAAAUGCUCUAGGCUCAGGAAAAGCCUCUUGAUUAUUUGAAGCCGAUGCUUAAGAACAGUCUGUUUUCUCUAUGAACUUUUUUUAAUUUGUUUGAACAAGAGUUCUUCCUGCUAAUAAUUUUGAAGUGAUGUUUCUCUGAAGUGCGUUUUAAUAAAUAUUUCAAGUAAU